GCCCUGCCGCUCCAGGCCGCGCCCCGCCCCCUCAGUGCGCGCUCCGCUCGGCAGCUUGUGCGACGCGGCGGCGCUGCUCUCACUCCUUUGUGUCCGGGCGGCGGCGGUCUCUCAGGUCCUCACUCGCGCGUCCUCCCGGGCCGCUAGCUUCGCACUCUCCGGUGACGGACCAUGUCGGCUGCGGGAGCGGGCGCGGGCGUGGAGGCGGGCUUCUCCAGUGAGGAGCUGUUGUCGCUUCGCUUCCCGCUGCACCGCGCCUGCCGCGAUGGGGACCUGGCCACCCUCUGCUCGCUGCUGCAGCAGGCGCCGCGCGCCCACCUGGCCGCCGAGGACUCCUUCUAUGGCUGGACGCCCGUGCACUGGGCCGCGCACUUUGGCAAGUUGGAGUGCUUAAUACAGUUGGUGAGAGCCGGAGCCACACUCAAUGUCUCCACCACGAGGUACUCCCAGACGCCAGCCCAUAUUGCAGCCUUUGGAGGACAUCCUCAGUGCCUAGUCUGGCUGAUUCAAGCUGGAGCCAACAUUAACAAACCGGAUUGUGAGGGUGAAACUCCCAUUCACAAGGCGGCUCGCUCUGGGAGCCUGGAGUGCAUCAGUGCCCUAGUGGCCAACGGGGCUUAUGUCGACCUGAGAAACGCCAGUGGCCUGACGGCAGCAGACAUUGCACAGACCCAGGGUUUCCAGGAGUGUGCCCAGUUUCUCCUGAACCUCCAGAACUGUCAUCUGAACCGUUUCUAUAAUAAUGGCAUCUUGAAUGGGGGUCAUCAAAGUAUAUUUCCUAAUCGUAUUAAUGUGGGAGCAAAUCGAAAGAGAAGCUUGGAAGACUCGGAGCCCUUUGGAGUAAAGAAAGCUAGAACUGCAGCUCAGAGCUUGGAUUACGCCGUACCACUCGUGAACGGCGAGACGGAAGAUGAGGCUGACAAAAUGCACAUUGAUAGAGAGUUUGCCGUUGUAACAGGUGUAUUUCUUAAUGCAGAUAUGAAAAACAAUAGCUCCAUGUCCAGUACAUUGACAAAUGGAUGUGUCAUCAGUGGACACGUGGACUUCACCACCACCCAGCUCAAUGGGAUGGAAAGCGGGACUGGCCAGCGCUUAGCAGGAUCUGCUGGUGUUAACAGUGGGUCAGUUCUGGGACAGCAGUUCCCCCAUAGCCAGGGUCCUCUCAGUGUUAAUGGGACUGAGGAGCCGGAAAACACCACGAGCGUGAACCCUGAGAUGUGCGGCUCCCUGCACCUCAAUGGGAGCCCCAGCAGCUGCGUGGCCAGCAGGCCUUGCUGGGUGGAAGACAUGGGGGACAACCUGCACUACGGACACUACCACGGGUUUGGGGACACUGCGGAAAGCAUCCCUGAGCUGAGCAGCGUGGUCGAGCACUCCAACUCCGUGAAAGUGGAGGAACGGUAUGCCUGCGCCGUGCUGGGCACCAUGCACCUGUCCCACGGCUCCUAGGGGCAGCGCUGCCCCAGAGAGGCAGGCGUCCUUCCUGCUGGGCCAGCUCAGAACACUCGUGUAGCAUCGACUUGAAGUAAUGUCACAAUUUGUACUGUUUUUAUACUUUCUGAAAAAAGUAAACUUCUUGGACAAGUUCCUGGUGAGUGCUUGUUUGUGCAUGAGUAGGGCUUCUAGUCUAGGUGUUUCUAAGUGGUGUAUUGGUCCUUUUGUAAAACACACUUUUGAGAUUAAUUUUUCUGAUGUCAAUCUCAAUAUUUUGUUUUUAAUUCUGUCACCAGAUACUGCCAUUUUCCCUUUUGUGCAAUUAAAUCCCACUGUCAAGAUAAUCUGGGACAGUAAAGGAGGUGCCUGGUCCCUGCCCUCUGUCUGCACGGGGGUUCCUCCCAAGCCUGCGUCACUCGGCCCCUGAAUCCUGUGACAGCACAGCAGCUGCCUGUGCCGGGCACCCAGACUUCUUGCAGUGAUUUGUAUGAAGAGACGAAUGAUUAUCUUUUUCCAGUGUCUGUGAAGCUUGGCACAUUGCUGUGUGUAGACACACGGAGGCCCCUGGAGUGAGGCGGCCUGUCCUGGGCUGCAGCCCGGCUGUGUUGUGUUGACUGUUUUUAUCCCGCACCUCCCACCCGGGCUCUGCAGCUUUCACCACAGAGCGCAGGUUCCUUUGUGCUAGAGGAAGUUACUAUUAAUAUUUGUAGGACUGUCGGGUCAAAGUAUUUAACUCUUUUGACUUAUAUUUUCUUUUUUCUUUGUUUUGGGUUUUAGGUUUUGGGAGUUUUCUGCUUUAAAUAUAUACUACUAUGUAUAUCCAAUUAACUGAGAAUUUGGGCUUUCUCUUAAUAAAACUGCAAUUAAUUUCAUGAUUUUAUAGAAAAUAGCUUUUGUUUAGGCAACUAGUGUUUGCACUGUGCAAAUAUGUAAUGAAUUUUCACUUUUCUGAUUUUUGUAAUAAAAAUUGGUGAAAUAGAGAGGAAAGGUCUAAUGAACAGUGUUCUAAGCGUGUUACUAACAUUUGGCUUUACAACUGUCCAUUACAAAUUUAAUAAAAACU